UUCUGUUUUGUUUUGUCGCAUCAGUCCUGUGAUGAUGACAGACGGCGGGGAGAACGCCUUUGUCCGCAGCCCGACCCAACAUUUGAACGCUUCGUGCUACGGCUGGGCCAAGCAUUUCGGAUAUGUGCAGCCGGUAUCUCCUUGCCGUUCCUUAAGCGUGUAUUCUGUCUCACUUCUUUCCUAGGACGCCGAGCAACGCGAACUCCUGUGCUGCGUCUCACCUUGUCUUUCGCAGCUGUUUUCUUUUUUUUUUUUUUUUUGCCACGACGGUUGCCAAAGGCGGCCGGAUCGUCCAGGGGCUAACAUGUACAAGGAGGCCGCCUUACAUCACAUUUGGCACUUGUUGUAACUCAGACGCAGUUCUCAUUUGUGGUCCAUUGGAGGAGUAUAAAAGUUCCCUCCCAAAGUUCCCUCCCCACCCCUCACUUCCUCCCAUAGCCACCGGUAACCAUUCCUCUUCCUUUCCAAGGCGCCGUGGCCAUUCCCGGGUUGACCCAAGAAGCAGAAACCACCGCCGCCUCCAUAUCUUCGUGCGACCGUCUUUGGCUGCCCACCAUCGUCGCCCUGUUCCAGUGGCUCUCGGCCACGAUGGACUUUAGCAGCAUCAUCCGAGGGGCUCUGCCAACCCUCGUAACUAACAGCAGCACUCAUGGCACUAACACUUCAGCCGAGAAGGGGCUCCCAGACAGCCUCUUCUUCGACACCCUCUCGCCGCUCCUUGGGUUUCAUUUCAACCCGUUGGUGAAGUUGUUCAUUAUCUUGUACAAUCUCGUCGGCAACCGCCUUGGCAUCGACCCGACCUACAUACUGACUGUGGCCGGUUUGUUCUGGGCCGCGAACAAGGUUCUGACGCAGCUGUACGUGGCACUCUACGGCCUGGCUCGGCAGCAUUUCAUGGCCAGCAUCGAGGUCAGCAAUUCGGAUGACAUUUACUUCCAUAUGAUAAAGUGGCUUGCGUCUCAGCCCAAGAUGGUCAACUCUCGCUCCCUCACUGCCGAGACGGCGUCCAAGGGCGCCUGGGAAGAGGAGGACGAGUCAGAGCUCACGUCUAGCCUGGUGUCCGCCAGCGGUUCUGGCGUCUUCCUCAACUUCUCCAACCAGGAAGCCAAGGCACCCCCCCGGUUCACGCCAGCCCUGGGCCUGCACAGCUUCUGGUUCAGGGGCCGAUACUUCCAGCUACACAGAAAGCAGGAGUCCCUGUUCGAGCCCUUGGCCGGGGGCCACGGCAUACCUCGGUUCAAGGACAAGGAGAGCCUCGUGCUCUCCUGCUUCGGCCGCUCCCCCGAGCCGAUCAAGCUGCUGCUGCAGCACGCCAAGGAGCAGUACUACGUCGACCACCAGGCCAAGACCAUUGUCAGGCGCCCGGCGCCCCAAGCCUUGCGCCGCUACGGCCAUCGACACUCGUGGCAGCAGGUCGCCAACCGUCCCGUCCGGCCGAUGCAGACCGUGGUCCUCGACGAGGAGCAGAAGAUCCGUGUCCUCUCCGACAUGAACGAGUAUCUGCACCCGGCCACCCCGCGCUGGUACGCCAACCGCGGCAUUCCCCUUCGCCGCGGGUACCUGUUCCAUGGCCCGCCAGGGACGGGCAAAACAUCGCUAUCGUUCGCCCUCGCCGGUGUCUUUGGUCUGGACAUCUACGUCAUCUCCCUCCUGGACCCGACCUUGACCGAAGAAGACCUGCUCGGCCUCUUUACCUCGCUUCCGCGGCGCUGCGUGGUCCUGCUCGAGGAUAUCGACACGGCCGGCCUCAAACGAGCCGAUGAUCCGGCCUCGUCCUCGUCCUCUUCGCCUUCAUCAUCCUCCUCCUCGGACGACGACGAUAAGGAGUCCGAAGGCCGGCAGGACGACGACAGCAAGGAGAAGAAGUCCCCAAAGAAGUCCAAGAAUCACAACAAGAGGGACUGGAAGGUCUCGGACCUCGCCCGCGAACUCAAGCGGGCCGGCAACAACAGCGACUCGGGCGAGAAGAAGGGCAUCUCCCUCUCGGGUCUGCUCAACGCCAUCGACGGCGUCGCCUCCCACGAGGGCCGCGUGCUCAUCAUGACAACCAACAAGCCCGAGGCCCUCGACGAGGCGCUCAUACGCCCGGGCAGGGUCGACCUGCAGAUCGCUUUCACCAACGCCAGCCAGGAGCAAGCCAGGGAGCUGUUUGUGCGCAUAUACGAGCCCGAGAACACCAAGGGAGGCUCCAGAUCCUUCCCAAUCUCCGUCUCCGACCACCUCUCCUCCCCGCUGACGCCCCUCACCCUUUCCUCCGAACCCCCUCCGACGCCGCUCUCGCUCUCUUCGGACAAGGACAGCAGCGUGACCGACGUGUCCGGCAUCACCGAAAUCGGCGACGACGACGACGCCGCCACGGACGGCAAGAUACCCGCUCCGGCGCCCCUCGACCUCACCGACACCGCCGCCGCCGCCAAGAGGGACGCCAUCCCGACUGGGCGAUUCCCCCUGGAACAGCAGCAGCAGCAGCACCAGCGGGGACACCACCACCGCCCCAACCAGCGCCGCCACGAAGAGCAGACGAAGACGACGAAGACGACGACGACGAGGACGACGACAACAACCAUCCACCCGGCCGAGCUCGCCCACCUGGCGGCGCAGUUCGCCGCCCGCAUCCCGCCGGGCCAGUUCUCGCCCGCCGAGCUGCAGGGCUUCCUGCUCAAGCGCAAGAAGACGCCGCGCCGGGCGCUCGAGGAGGUCGACGCCUGGGUGGCCGGCAUGCUCGCGCAAAAGGCCGGCAAGACGCGGGGCCUGAGCCUGUCUGUGCAGUGAGGGGACCGAGGGCAGAGGGAGCUCCGUCUUUCCCAACCCUCCUC